AAAAUGGAUUAUGAACCCCAAAGCGAUUUAGAUAAAUUAAAAGAACUUUUUUCGAGUGGAUUUAUUACAGAAUGGGAAUUUAACAAAAGAAGAAAAGAACUAGGUGAUAAUACACCAACAGAAGAAAACACAAACAAUUCAUAUAAUAACUAUAAUAACUAUAAUAACUAUAACACAACAUCUACUUAUGACUAUAACCAAGUAAUUCCAGUAACAUAUGAAGAUAAUAUAUCAUAUAAUAAUAACACUUAUAAUGACCAUUAUAAUACAUCAUCAACAUCUACAUAUGAUCAUUAUAAUUCAACAUCUACUUAUGACUAUAAUCAAGUAAUUCCAGUUACAUAUGAAAAUGACAAUAGUAGCUCAGUAUAUAACAACUAUAACUCAACAUCAUCCUAUGACUAUAAUCAGGUUAUACCAGUAACAUAUGAAGAUUCAGACAACAAAAUUGAUACAAAUCAAAUUAAUAAUCAAUAUAACCAAUAUAAUAACUAUACAGAUAACAAUGAUUAUAAAAAUAGUGUAACAGCCAUCAAUAAUAACCCCCAAAAUGAAGAAUAUGAUGAUACAUAUGUUAUUAAUAUAAAGCCACCAAUCCCAAAGAAGAGCUAUGCUGUAGCAAGUAAAAAUAUAGACAAAGAAAAAGCAAAUAGAAAGUAGAGUAUCCAUUAAAAGUGAAUGAAAGCUAUACAAUUCAUAAAGAU